ACAUCGAAAUCGCGCUCAUAUAGCGUUCUCAGUAUUCGUUCGAGUUGAUGCGAAAUUUUUCACAUUUCACUUCUCCUUAUUCCGUCUAUUUUACACAUUUCUUAUUUUCUUUCCACGGAAAUGUGUCCACUACCUUUACUCGGAAUCAUCAACGCUGCAACAAUAAUUUGCAGUUCCUCGCAAAUUUUAUGAUUUUUUCAAACCGUUGCGUGUCCCUCGUGCUUGGCCAAAAUCAUAUAAUGAUUUCGUAUAAAUUUGUUUCUUUAACAAAAAUUACACGCAUUUGGGGCGUUGACAUUGAUAAGACGCGUUGCCUCAACAUUUUUAUAAAUCAUCGAAAAUAUAGUUGAUUUUAUAUUGUUGUUUUCGUUACCGACCGAGCGUGUUUUCUUUUAACCUCUAACGGGCAUGGGAACAAUCCUUUGUGCCUCGAUCACGUGAUUACAAAAGACCAGAUUAUUUUUCGCAUCCAUCAAUAUCAUCCAGCAGGGGGAUCGCCUGUAAGGAAUUUGUGUCGAUUUUUUUCAGCAAUCCGUAUUGUUAAGAGGUCGUAAAGCGAGGUGCCUUUUCGUAUUUUCAUCGCAACCAUAAUCUCGCAUGAAAAGGACGAAAAGUGUUUUCAAUUGAUAAUCGCUCGUAAUCCUCGAUUGGUUAUAGUUUUCUAACUAUUUCGUGAAUUCUCAGUAUUAUCCGAGAAACGCGGAAACGAUUCGACGCCAAGUUCCAUGCAAAAAAUAUUGAGGAUCAAAUUGCUCAACAUAACCUAGAAAAAAAAGUAGGAAAAUAUUGGGGGAAAAACAAAAUCAACGUCGUCAUAUUCUUGCUGAUUGUAAAAGAAGGGUUAAAUCGAUUAUUGUCAUAUCGGCAAGUGUUACACAAAAUGCGACGGAAUAUUGGAGAAUUAUAUCGCGAGUAUAGGCGCUCGCUUGAACGAAUGCGCUCUGUGGAAACUUGAUACGAUUUCGGGUGGGAGGCGUUUCCAGGACGAUGGCAACGCCGGAGGCAACGUUCUGUCCCUACAUAUGUAUUACAGUUCGUUUAUUCCGCUGCGGGAGAGGGUUCCUUUCGAAAACCGCGUUACGAUAUUUCUCGAGAAAGCCAUGACACUGAAGUUUGCAACGUUGGAGUCCAACAAAAUGAUAUGAAAAAAACUCUCCAACAAUUCCAGUAAUUAUCCCAUUCUGUUACUACUCUAAUUUGCAACUCGUAGAUUCUCAGUCUACACCGAUGUUUCGUGAAAUAAAAUAUUGAAUCGUGAAUUAAAAAUUCUAUUUUCGUUAAUUUCGUUAGAGUCCAACGUUGGAAACUUGAGCGUCGUGAGAAAGCCGUUCUCUUAUCUCCUCUCUCGAUGUAUAUUUUACAAAGACAUUAAAACCUGGAAAUGAGUUGGAAUUAUUGAGCCUCUUGGAACUAUUAUCUCAAAUGAAACUGGCGUACUUUCUACAGCCUCGAACGAUCGGGCUGAUUUACUUCAUAUCCAUUUAUAUUAUUCGCGCGAAAUCCUUUGUCUCACUUUCCGAGGUUCAACCAAAAGAGCAAAGUAAUGAAUUGCAGCUUGAGGUGAACGCUUUCGAGAUUCAGUAAAAUACUCGUUUCAAUGGAAACUUUCGAAACAAUGUGAACAAAGAGAUCUUAAGCAUAGCAGCUCUUUGGACCUAGAAAAUGGGUUAGGAUAGCGACGACUAGGGCCGGUCGAACACCAAAGUCGAUUGUCAUCGGCCAAGGUUUAUGCGGUGUUGAACCGGGUCAUUCGGCGCCAGCGAUUUUACCAUGCACAGUCGGAUUGUCACUGAGGAUCGAGGAGCGCUAACGAUAAGCGGAAAAACGGGAGACGGAGGAGAGGCAACGAGCAGCAAAGGAGAUAGCGUGAAACGGUUUGAGGCGCGUCUGUUUUAUCACCGGGAUCCGGAAUAAGCUGCUCUUCGCCUGCCGCAGUUGGACGGACGCAUCUUCCGAAUUGAAUUUACGUUUAAACGAAGCGAUAGAGAAGAAAAAGAACGAGGAUGUCUUCGACGGAAAAUCACAACGGUACAGCGCCUCUUACCAAUGGAAUAAAAGCAUCAUCGAGUGCGGUAACACCGGCGACACUGUCGGCAUCGUUGUCAAUGUCCAAUUCUACGGGAUCGUCCACCGCGAACCCUGCUCCGGUUGGAAGUCGAAACAGUUCAACGGCAGCGACAAAUUCGUCGUUUCUGUACAGCACGGGAGGUAGCGCGACGCGUGGUGACAGGCCAAGACAAGCGCCGCCGCCAACGUUGCCGAAAUACACGUCGAGUUUCAAUGCCGGAUCGAACGGUACGGCUGAACGACUCAGUCGGGAACGCGAAACCGGCAAUAGCUACAGACUCGCGAGUCUCGACAGGCUUGCACUAAAGCACAGAAUUCUCGAAAGUGAAAAAGCCAACGGUGGAGAUCCGGCCAAUUCGAUACAAACGAAGAGGGAGCUCUUUUUUAAAGGCGAGAGUGGCGGCUUGACGAACAACACAUCGCCAUCAGUACCGUCGGUGCCACCGCCUCAACCUCCAACGAGCGGAAUGACGACAACAUCCGCGCCCCCGUCAACGGCCCCACCCGGGAUCCCACCCGUAAAACCUCGUUUACCACCGACCACGGUAAACUUGAAUCAAACCGACGCUUCCGAAGACAGUAACAGACGGGAAUCGGCUCGCAACGAAAACGUCAAUAGCGCAACUAUCAAUAACAAAGAAUCGAGUCUUCAUGUACAUCCCCGUCCUGCACCUGCGACCAAACCCAAAGAACUCGAUGGUUACGUUGGUUUUGCUAAUUUGCCCAAUCAAGUCUAUCGCAAAGCUGUUAAAAAGGGAUUCGAUUUCACCCUCAUGGUAGUUGGUGAAUCUGGACUUGGUAAAUCGACACUCAUAAACUCAAUGUUCCUCGCGGAUAUAUACAGCGCGGAACACCCUGGUCCUAGUCUACGCGUGAAAAAAACUGUCGCCGUAGAAACGAGUAAAGUAUUAUUGAAGGAAAAUGGAGUAAAUCUCACUCUAACUGUCGUCGAUACACCAGGAUUCGGCGAUGCAGUUGACAAUAGCAAUUGUUGGGUGCCGGUGAUCGAGUACAUAGAAUCGAAGUACGAAGAGUUUUUGAAUGCGGAAUCGCGGGUUAUGAGACGACAAAUUCCGGACAGUCGGGUACACUGUUGUCUCUAUUUCGUGGCUCCAUCGGGACACGGGCUCAAGCCACUUGACGUCGAGUUCAUGCAACGUCUUCACGACAAAGUCAACAUCAUACCGGUGAUCGCGAAAGCGGACACCAUGACACCCGACGAGUGCUCCCACUUCAAGAAGCAAAUUCUCAACGAGAUUGCUCAGCACAAAAUAAAAAUUUACGAAUUUCCCGAAGUUGAGGAAGAGGAAGAGAGCAAACUUCACAAAGUUCUCAGGGACAGAGUGCCAUUCGCCGUUGUUGGGGCAAACACCGUUGUAGAACACGAGGGAAAAAAAUUACGCGGCAGAAAAUAUCCAUGGGGAAUUGCCGAAGUCGAAAAUUUGGAGCACUGCGAUUUCAUAGCACUGAGAAAUAUGGUGAUAAGAACGCAUCUGCAGGACCUUAAAGACGUAACGAACAAUGUUCAUUACGAAAAUUUCCGUUGUCGCACAUUAGCAGGUCUCGGUGUUGAUGGAAAACCAACGAGGAUUUCCAACAAUCUGUGCCCUCCAGGAGUGAUGAACAGUUUCAUGACAGUAUGGAAUCCGUUAGCCCAACUGGAGGAAGAAAAACGCGAACACGAUAAUAAAAUGAAGAAAAUGGAGACGGAAAUGGAACAGGUGUUCGAAAUGAAAGUCAGGGAGAAAAAACAAAAACUCAAAGACUCGGAAGCUGACUUGCAACGAAGGCACGAGCAAAUGCGACGAUCUCUGGAGCAACACAUUCGAGAAUUAGAGGAAAAAAGGCGAGUAUUCGAAGCGGAGAAAACCGCUUGGGAGCAACAAACCGGUCACAGUAUUGAAGAUUUACGCAGGAGAAGUUUGGAAGCGAAUUCAAAGGACAGUUUUUUCAGAUUGUAUAAAAGGACGGGUUCAAUGUCGUCCGAGGGUUCAGCCGGUGGAGGGGGUACAUUGAGGGGUUCCCGAGGAUUAGGAAGUCUUCUACGCCGUCACACCAGUUUCAAAUCACCUCAAGAGAACCCCACACAGAUCCAGCUUGUUAUUCAACAUCCCGAGCAUCCCUAAUACGUUUUCAUUACGAAUAUAAACAAAGAUGAACAAUUUCUGGAUACUUUACUCUCUUUAUUUCAAUAAAACUAAUACUAUGAUAGAGAAAAACGAAAUAAACGAAUAGAAAAAGCACGAGACUAAACCUGAAAGUUGUUGUGACCGUGGUCCGGUUCUGAAAGGGAGAAAAAAAAACGGAUUUUGGAUUUUGGGAGAACAGGCGCAAACUUUUAGUUCCUCAAAAUUUCUUCGUUCAUUUCGAUUCAUGCAAUCUUUUUCGUGAGCGUUUUCUUGCUUCUGUUUUUUCUAAACCACUGACACAGCAACGAAAAGAUUGUCUUGGAUUCACACAUAUUUUUAGAACUUUGAACAAAAAACACAAGACUGUGUAGAAAAAUCGUUCAGCGUCAGCGAACUUGUCGUACUCUGCUCAAAGUAAAGAAAAUAAGAAAAAAAAUCAUAAUAAGUCAAUUGUUCGAGACUCGAUCGGCCAUAUUUUUGCCAAUUUUUUAUAUCCAGAGAGGGAAGCCAUACCAUUAGAAGAGAAGAAAAAGAAAAAUUUGUGCAGCGUUUUCAACACUUUGAACUAUCAUUCAUUUAUCGUGCUUUGCGAUUUUUCAAUUUGAGGCGAAUCUUUCACACCGUUUCAACCUUGUACAUGAGGGAAAGAGAUUCAAGAAAAAAGGAAAAGAAACGGAAGCUAUUGGUGUACAGACAUUUCGCGGACUAUUUAGUAAAAUAACGGCACUCCAUUGUAAACUCUGUACAAGCUGUCGAAAUCAAAUUCGAGCACGUGAAGAUUUUGCGGUAAUGAACUUGUUCGAAUAGGACUUUUGGUAUUCAAAAUUUUGUGUUUUUUUUCUUCAUUUAUUUUUCAAUGCUAAAAUUAAAUGACGUAUUCGAUCGUUUGCGGAAUGCGUUUGAAUAAAAAAAAAAAAACAAGCAAACUAGAAGAAUAACGCUGCUGACAGCUUGACAGAGGAUCAUAUCUUAAUACUACUAAUUAUUCGGGAAUCGAUUGUAGAAUAUUGUCACAUUCGUGUUCAUCGAAUUUUGUUUUUUUUUCUGUGUUCUUUCUUUUUCGUUUCCUUUUUAUAUUUUAAAUCUUUUUUGCAAAUAAACUCAAUGCUUCUUAUGCGACAACAAAUUUACUAACCAUCAUUCAACCGUAGAAAUAUUAUCACGACCCGUCGUUGACAUAUAAUUUGUUUUGUGAUUCAACAAGAGUCCUCGCUUCCUCUAAUGAUAAUUAAAAUCAUCAUUUUUGCUGGCAGCGUCAUCACAUUAUUUUACUAUAUUACAUUUUCCUUCGUAAUUUGGAUUUGACGAAGCAAAAUUGUUCAAAGACACUCCAUUUAUUCAUUAUAUUUGAAUUUUUUCCCGCUUGGUGACUCAUCGUUAACGAUAUGACAAAAAAGCUCCAAACGAUCCCAGACUGUUCGAGUAACGAGGACUUUCGGCAACGUCGUGAAGAAACUCUGUGGUGCCUUGAAACGAGCCACCAUUGAACCGAUAAAAAAAUAAAUAAAUAAAAACAGAGGCAUGUUGGUGUUUGAUAUUUUGACGUCGAUUAUCUAUAUUUUACUUAUUAUACGGCAUGUCUAAUCAUCGAUUCUUUAUGUUGGAUUGCACGGAUACAUUGCACAGUGAGCCCACAAUUAAUCGAAUAAUGAGUUAUUCGAAUGAAAAAAGAAAAAAAAAAGGAAACGCGUUUCUCACAA